ACAAAUCUGUAUGAUAAUUUCCUGAACAAAAGAAUUUCUUUCUGGAAAUGAAGUUUUUACAUUGCAGUCUUGUAGUGAUUGUGAACUCGAAGGCUGAUGUGUUCAUUGAUAUUAAUUCCAAGUUAAAAUCAGUGACAGGAUUGAAUGAGAAUACUGACAGAAACAGGAUAUUGGUUGUGUCCAGGAAGGAAACUGAGAGAAGGACAUGGAAUUGUAAGUUCUCAGCGUGCUGUACUUCUAGUUUUGGAAUUGCAAUCCAUACUUCAGAUGGUGAAGACAAAAUUUUUUUGGCCAUGUUGAAGACUAAUGAAAUAGUGCAGCAAGGUUAUUGUUCACAUCACUGUUCAUGUCCAGUUCAGUUUCAUUAAGUUGCUGAGAAGUUUCUUUGUUGAUUUUCAAAUGAGAUCUUCUUGUAUCUUUGAUGUUAAGUAUUUCAUCUCAGUUCAUGGCUUUACUUUAAUUGUAUCCAUGUAACAUGCUCCUUGUUUUGGGGUUUAUGUAUUAUUAUUCAAAGGUAGUAGGUGAAUGUAAAAGACUAGUACAUACAAAACAAGUCUGUAUUGAUGAAAAACGUCUAGAAAUCAAUGGAAAAACCUGAGCAUCAUCUUUAGCUCAGUUUAUGUUAUUUUGUUCUUCUUAUUGCAUGCUUCUCAAGAUUAUCUCUUGAGUUUUAUGGUGAUUUGAAUCAGUUUUACUAACUGAUCCUACCAGUCAAAUGCCUGAAUACGGUUUGAUAAUAUGACUCCAGUUGUUGGCUUCCUGCAAUUGCUCAGCUUCGAAUGACCAAAAAUCAUGUAAUGAAUGUUGAUUUUUUUU